GAUCCCAGAAGGUCCCACAACAGCAGUCACAAAAAAGCCCACAAUCUCAACUACAACCACUGAGAUAACCCCGACUGAAUCAACAACUAUCUCACAGGGUCCCACAACAACAGCUGCAGGAAAACCUACUUCUACUGUUGCUCAAACCACAGAGAAAAAAACAGCAGCAACAACUGCAGAAAAUCCCACAACAACAGCAGCGGUCACAGAAAAAUCCACCACAACAGAGAGUGAACAGACCAGUACCCCGGCAACUACAGAAAAGCCUGUUGCCACAACAGAAAAGUCAACUCCUCAGGUUUCAACAACUUCAUGUUCCUGCAAAUACAGGGAUAACGUUUUCUCUCCUGGAACCGUCAUGUAUAAUGAAACUGAUGGACAAGGCUGGUGUUACACUUCAUAUUGCAAUUCGACGUGCAAUGUUGUGAAGCUUCUCAGACCGUGCCACUCUACUACCCCACUACCUACCACCACCACCACCAUCAUCACAACCACAAGCUCUGGAAUUACAACACAAAAAUGUGACAGGAGCUGUUCAUUGCCAACAGAGAAGUGCCAAUUGGGAUACGAGUUGGAAGUAAAAAAUGAAACUUGUUGCCCCUCUUUCCAGUGUGUUCCCAAAAACGUCUGCGUCUUCAAUGAUAAUGAGUACAAGUCUGGUAUGACUUUCUCCAAUGGCCCAUGUGAAACAUGCACCUGUACAGACUCCAAGGACCCACUCACCAUGCUGAACACCUAUGAGUGUAUUUCGAAGUCUUGUUUAUUCGAGUGUCCAGAGGGACAUGAGUUGGAAACCAAACCUGGGGAUUGUUGUCCAAUAUGUAAAAAGACAAGCUGUGUGUUAGAUGUCCCUGGCUUACCUUCUCCAAUUAUUAUUGAACCCUCUAAGUCUUGGUCACCACCAAAUGACAACUGCACAAAGUAUGAGUGCACAAAGGUGAAGGAUGACUUCAGGACCUCUGAGAAACAAGUCUCAUGUCCUGCCUUUAAUCCAGAGAACUGCGUACCUGGUACUGAACAAACUGACAAGAAUGGUUGUUGCAGAACUUGUACCCCUCGUCAAGACUGUUUAAUGCGGAAGAACUCUACUCACCUACAGUUGAAGGACUGCAAGUCGGUUGAUCUGGUGGAAAUCACAUCAUGUGCUGGAUCCUGUGGAGAAUCAUCUUCAGUGUACUCUGCUGAGAGCAACAGCAUGGUGCAUACAUGCUCCUGUUGUCGAGAAAUGUCUACCACCACAAAGGAAGUGGAGAUGACCUGUGCUGAUGGUAGCACUGUCAUGCACUCCUACAUUUCAGUAGAAAAGUGCAGUUGCCAGGUCACUGAAUGUCCUCAAAACAACAAAGGCUAAACGCUUUAGAGGACAACAUUAAAGGAUGAGCUUUAAAGGAAAAUCUGACCAAUAUUCUUCAUCAACUUAACAUUUUUUCUUAAAAACCUGUAAGAGAAUCAAGUGACAUAUAUGGAGUCUGAAAUGUAUAACACCUUGAUGUUUGCUCUUUACACCCUGACAACACUUGUCAUCACUAUCUUAUUGUUGUCAGCAGAGCAGGUGGAUAUGAUGCCCCAUGAUGACAGCACACAUUUCUGUCAUGGUUUCUCUGUUAGGUUUUAGGGAGUGUACCUUUUUUCAAACUUUAUGGUAUAUUCAUUCUUUGUGGGUGUUUCUUUCUUUUACUUGAACUGACUUGAGAAUUAAAAUACACAUGUGAGGCUUCAGAUAUACAGUGUAGCAGUUGUUGUCAAAGACCAUAUUUCACAAGUUAUUAAUUGUAUUUAAAAGAAUGUCAACAAUAUCAAAGCUAUCUCUGAUGAACAUCUGAUUUGUGAAACUUCUGUAUUUCUGAACAUUAACAGUGUCAUUAAACUCAGGUUUUUUGAUCAGCA